AUGGGCCGGCAGCGCAGCCCCCCGGGGCCGUGGUGGGGGCGGCUCCUGCGCUCCGGGUGCUGGUGGCUGCUGUGGCUGUGUGGGACGGUGCUGCGGGGGCUGCGCUGGCUCUGGAGGCUCACGUGGGUCGCUGGGGGGUGUCACCAUGUCACCGUGUCACCACAUCACCACGUCACCACGCCAUCCGGUAGCACAGCUGCGGGAUUGGGGCCCUUGAUCUGCAGGGGCUGGCUCUUGGCUCAAGGCACUGUAUGGUUCUGCCCACCAAGAGCCCUGGGCCAUGGGGACAUCACUCCAGGGUCUGCACUCUGCAGAGCAGAUGUGAGCCGUUCCCUUCCCCAGGUCCUGCUGAUCUGCUACAAGAGCUGCUGGGACAGCGCCUUCCAGGUCACGGAGGAGCUCGGAACAUCGCUGCAGCUGAGGCUGGAGGGGAGCGAGGAGGAGGAGGAGGAGAAUGGGAGCUCCGAUUCUGUGCUGGAGCCUGGGCAGCCAGUGGCGCAGUGGCAGGGGCACGGGGAUGCCAGUGAGGCCGUGCUGGAGAGGCUGGAGGGGCUGGAGGCCGACGUCCGCUUCCUCUGCACGGAGCUGGGGGCAGAGAAGCUGCUGUGGAGUAGCCGGUUCCUGGAGCUGCUGCGGGAACAACAAAGCCUUCGCCAGCGGGUGAGUGCCCCGUGGGGUCCCAGCCCCCCCAGCCCCCUCUGGCACCCCAGCCCGUCACACCCUGUCCCAGCUGCAGGAGCUGCCAUGGCAAUGGAACCGCAGCGACAGCCCCGAGCUGCUGGGGGAAGUGGAGGAUCAAAGUGCCAGUGGGAGCGAGGGAGAGAGCCCAGAAGGACACCAGUGGACAGAGCCACUGUGGCAACCACGCAGCACCACCCAGCCUGAUGGCAGGAAACAUAAGUGAAGGUGUGAGCAGGGCAUCAGCGAGUCACCAAGGAGCCACACGUCCCUCCCUGCCCAGGCUGCUCAGGACACAGGCCAGGAUGGUGCAGUCCCAGCUGUGUCGCCGUGUCCCUGUAUGUGCCUCCACCCAUCGGUGCCAGCCAGGCCUGGCCCCAUCCAGCAGAACUGCAGCCAUUCCUUAGGAGCAGGAACCAGCCGAGGGGCAGGUCGGGGUGAGCUGCUGGCCCUGGGGCUGCCCCAGGAGGAGUCACAGCCACCCCCUGCCCAAAGCCACCCCAGGGCUGACUGUGCCCUGGUGGGGCUGGCUCUGGUGGAGCCCGCUGAAGAGCAUCCUCCUGAUCUACUGCACCUUGUUGGGAGGUUCCAGGAACAAGAAGUCUGCUCACCAGUGGCCACAGACACUUUGCACAAGCUGGAGCUGCUGCAGCAUGGAUUGCAAAACUCACCCCUUGACUUCCUCGUGGGCCAGACCCGGCCCCUCCGUCAGCAGCUCUGCUCGUGCUGCAGGGCUGGGCCAGCUCUGGUGACAGCGGCUCCCCCCUCAUCCCCCAGCUGAUGAGCCCUGGGAGCUCUGGUCCCGUUUGGAGCAGGGCUGAGGGGCCUCCCCUUGCCCAGGAGUGGC